GUAUAACUUGCAGCUAGACCCAGAGAGGCUGAAUCGAAAGAGAACGUUCGCAGGGCUGCUGCACACCUGGAUUGCAAAGGCAUCUGCCUCAGCUCCUCCAAGGAAAAGAACUCCUAGGAUCUCCAGCCAUGGCAGAGGUGACAGCGGAGGAGGUAGAGAAGUUCCUGGACUCUAACAUUGGCUUUGCCAAACAAUACUGUGACCUUCACUUCCGGGCCCAGGUGCUCUCAGACCUCCUGGGGGCCAAGGAGCCUGCCGUGGACCUGAGCAACUACCACACCCUGAGCAGUGUGGAGGAAAGUGAGAUCAUUUUUGACUUGCUGCGGGACUUCCAGGAGAACUUGCAGGCUGAGAAAUGCACCUUCAACGUGAUGAAGAAGCUGUGCUUCCUCCUGCAGGCAGACCGCAUGAGCCUGUUCAUGUACAGGACCCGUAACGGCGUUGCUGAGCUAGCAACCCGGCUCUUCAACGUACACAAAGAUGCUGUCCUGGAAGAUUGCCUGGUGGUGCCCGACUCUGAGAUUGUCUUCCCUCUGGAUAUGGGUGUCGUGGGCCACGUCGCGCACUCUAAGAAGUUGGUCAACGUCCCCAACACAGAAGAGGAUGAACAUUUCUGUGACUUUGUGGAUAACCUCACGGAGUACCAGACCAAGAACAUCCUGGCCUCCCCUAUAAUGAAUGGGAAGGAUGUUGUGGCUGUCAUCAUGGCCGUGAAUAAAGUGGAUGGAACGCACUUCACCAGGAAAGACGAAGAGAUUCUUCUCAAAUACCUCAACUUUGCAAAUCUAAUUAUGAAGGUGUUUCACCUGAGUUACCUGCACAACUGCGAGACUCGACGUGGCCAGAUACUGCUGUGGUCUGGGAGCAAGGUCUUUGAAGAACUUACAGAUAUCGAGAGACAGUUCCACAAAGCCCUGUACACAGUGCGUGCCUUCCUCAACUGUGACAGAUACUCCGUGGGGCUAUUGGACAUGACCAAACAGAAGGAGUUUUUUGAUGUGUGGCCAGUUCUGAUGGGCGAGGUUCCACCUUACUCUGGUCCCAGGACUCCGGAUGGAAGGGAGAUCAAUUUCUACAAGGUCAUUGACUAUAUCUUGCAUGGCAAAGAAGACAUCAAAGUGAUCCCGAAUCCACCUCCUGACCACUGGGCUUUAGUAAGCGGUCUCCCCACCUACGUGGCUCAAAAUGGCCUGAUCUGUAACAUCAUGAAUGCACCAGCGGAGGACUUCUUUGCAUUUCAGAAGGAGCCCCUGGAUGAGUCUGGAUGGAUGAUUAAAAACGUCCUCUCCAUGCCCAUUGUAAACAAGAAGGAAGAAAUUGUCGGGGUGGCCACGUUUUACAACCGGAAAGAUGGAAAGCCCUUUGAUGAGAUGGACGAGACCCUCAUGGAGUCCUUGACUCAAUUCCUGGGCUGGUCUGUCUUAAACCCUGACACCUAUGAAUCCAUGAACAAGCUUGAAAAUCGGAAGGACAUUUUCCAGGACAUCGUCAAAUAUCAUGUGAAGUGUGACAAUGAGGAAAUUCAGAAAAUCCUGAAAACUAGAGAAGUUUAUGGGAAAGAGCCAUGGGAAUGCGAGGAAGAGGAGCUGGCUGAGAUCCUGCAAGGGGAACUGCCAGAUGCAGAGAAAUACGAAAUUAAUAAAUUCCACUUCAGUGACUUGCCCUUAACGGAACUGGAGCUGGUAAAAUGUGGCAUACAAAUGUACUACGAGCUCAAAGUGGUAGAAAAAUUCCACAUUCCACAAGAGGCCCUGGUGCGCUUCAUGUAUUCCCUGAGCAAGGGCUAUCGCAGGAUCACCUACCACAACUGGCGGCAUGGCUUCAACGUGGGCCAGACCAUGUUCUCCUUGCUGGUGACAGGGAAGCUGAAACGAUACUUCACGGACCUGGAGGCCUUGGCCAUGGUCACCGCUGCCUUCUGCCAUGACAUUGACCACAGAGGCACCAACAACCUCUACCAGAUGAAAUCCCAGAACCCACUGGCCAAGCUCCAUGGGUCCUCCAUCUUGGAAAGACACCAUCUGGAGUUUGGAAAAACACUGCUGCGAGAUGAGAGCCUGAAUAUCUUUCAAAACCUCAACCGCCGGCAGCACGAGCACGCCAUCCACAUGAUGGACAUCGCCAUCAUUGCCACAGACCUAGCCCUAUACUUCAAGAAGAGGACAAUGUUCCAGAAGAUUGUGGAUCAGUCCAAGACAUAUGAGAAUGCCCAGGAGUGGACACAGUACAUGAUGCUGGAGCAGACCCGGAAGGAAAUUGUGAUGGCCAUGAUGAUGACCGCCUGUGAUCUCUCAGCCAUCACCAAGCCCUGGGAGGUGCAGAGCAAGGUGGCCCUACUGGUUGCUGCAGAAUUCUGGGAACAAGGUGACCUGGAGCGCACAGUGCUGCAACAGAAUCCCAUUCCCAUGAUGGACAGAAACAAGGCGGACGAACUGCCCAAGCUGCAGGUCGGCUUCAUUGACUUCGUGUGCACCUUUGUCUACAAGGAAUUCUCCCGUUUCCACGAGGAGAUCACCCCCAUGCUGGAUGGCAUCACCAACAACCGCAAAGAGUGGAAGGCGCUGGCUGAUGAGUAUGAAGCCAAGGUGAAAGCACUGGAGGAGGAGAAGCAGAAACAGCAGACAGCCAAGCCAGCGGCCUCGGGGAGUCAGCCUGGGGGGACCCCCAGUGCAGGGGGCGCAGCUGCAUCCAAGUCCUGCUGCAUCCAGUAGGCGAC